AAAAAAAAACGAAACUUUUAAUUUUAGCUUUGCAGUCAGUGGAGCCAUCACGCAGAAGCCGCAUGUAGUUAUAAACCAACGUCCAACCAGCAAGAGGAAAGUCACUGACAACUACGAAGACAUGAACACACAAAUAUAACGGGACAAGAGUGGCCAUGGAUGACGAGUAUGGCGAUAUACAGGAAUUUCAGGAUAUCAUUGCGACCAGUGAAGCUAUAGAGAAUGCAGCCUCUGGGCCGUCGAGACAGCAGCAGCAGCAUCAGCAGCAGAAAUCAGAGUCAGCAUCAAAAGCGAAGGUCCAGCAGCCCAAGCCGCAAGCUCUACCAGCGCGUCAAGGGCCGUCGUCCAUCCUGGUCUCGUCAAGGCAGAAAGGGAACCCGAUAUUGCAACAUAUACGGCUAACGCCAUGGGAGUAUGCAGACAUACCCGCGGACUACGUUGUAGGGACUACAAGCUGCGCGCUCUUCCUCUCUCUGAAAUACCAUCGGCUGCAUCCCGAGUACAUUUACACUCGAAUAAAGGCUCUAGGAGGGAAGUUCAGGCUACGAAUCCUGCUUACGAUGGUAGAUAUCCCGAACCACGAGGACAGCCUGAAGGAAUUGUCCAAGACGUGCCUGAUCAAUAACCUGACCAUCAUCCUGUGCUGGUCCGCACCCGAGGCAGCACACUACCUGGAGCUGUUCAAGUCGAGCGAACACGCCCAGCCAACUGCUAUCCGGUCUCGCCAGGCACAAUCAUACAAGGAUAGCCUGGUUGAGUUUCUGACUACCCCACGAAGUAUUAACAAGUCUGACGCGGCCAGCCUGAUGUCUACCUUUGGGUCGCUGCGGGAUGCGAUCAAUGCACAGCCAGAGCAGAUCAGUGCUGUACCGGGAUGGGGGGAGAGGAAGGUCAAGCAAUGGACGAAUGCGGUGCAGGAAGAGUUCAGAACCGACAGGGCUCCUCGCAAUGCUCCAAGAGAGCCUCAACCCCAGACCCAACCUCAGCCGCUGUCACAGUUGCAGUCGCAGUUGCAGCUCCAGCCUCAGCCUGGUCAAAGUGACACCAGACACAGUGCUGCAGACGACGCUGGAGAGGCAGACGAGGCUGCCAUGGAGGCCAUGAGAGAGGCAGAGAGCCAGCCUGCCACAGCUCUAGCACGAGCAGGGGAAUCUUCCGAGGGCCUCAGCGAGGGGAUCCUCGCCGCCCUGUCCAAGUACCGCAAUGAAUAGCCUCUUUUCUCGCCUCUACUCUACUUAUGCCUCCUCAGCUGCUUCAGCUUCAGUUCUUCUACGCUUCUUCUACGCUUCUCCCUCUGAUAUCGCCCAUCCACACUCGUCGCUGCCUUUAAGUGUAUUAGUAAUAUUACAUAACCUCCAGCUAUAAUUGGUAUAACACGUGACGUCAGUGGAUCUUCCCCACCUUUUUCCGCCCUUGGAACGUUCGAUCUCGAUCUUUUUUCCGCUGCAGAAAGCAAAAGGCGACGACGACGAGACGACGGGCGUGCGACAGCGACGAUAUCAACGAUUGCAGCGAGCAGACCGCGAAGGAGACGACGGCCGCUCGAGCACUGGAGACGCUUUGGUAUUGGGCUCCACGCUGGACCCUCGACACACGACACCUGGGCUGCCGGGAUAGUUAUCGGAAGAGAGGUGCAAGGGGCGAUCGCCGGAGCCUGGUGGCGCCAGAGUCGGGCCUUUUCCCCUGAAGCUUCUCGCUGUUGGCUUCUCUGCUGCCAUCUUC